UCGCAAAAUAAUUGUAGUAAUUUUUUAAUUUAAUUCGCAUUAUUCAAUUUCAAUGUAAAUAUAAAAGUAUAUUAUAAAAAUUUUCGCAAAUUAUAGCGUAAAUGUGUGUUGAAUUUAUGUCUCUAUUCCAUUGCAUUGCUUGACGUUGCGAGUGGCAAAGGUGUUGACAAAAACCAAAAAAAAAACAACAACACUAACGAGAAAAAAAGCAGCGGAAUUGGAAAACACUUUCACUGCAAGAAUAAAUAAAUUAUUUUAAAUAAAAGCGAAAGCAAAUCAAAAUAAAACAAAUUAUUUAUUUAUAAAAUUAUUAAAUGCUGUUUAAGUACCACGUUACAUGAACUGUAACAAAAAUUGAUGUUAAUCUCGAAUAACAACGAUAAGUUAAUUAUAUUUUUAUAAUUUAAAAAAAAAUGGAAUUAAGACAUAACUGAUAAUAUAGAAACGGUGACUCACUGCCCUUUUGAAGUAUAAUUGCCGUAAGCUUUUAUUUAUUUAUUGUUGAACGUAACCAUCAAGCAACAAAAUCGUUGAAACGGCGCUGCAAGCAUUACAUAGCACACAUCAGCCUCUUGUUCCAAUUGGCGGAAACGGAUCUGUCGAAGCAAAUAACGAAUCGCGUAAGCGAGUGUCCGGUGCCAACAGAAUGGGAAAUUAUGAUUAUCAAAGAAAAAAGUCAGCACCUUGUAAUACCUGCAUGAAGGCCUUAAAAUGGAUUCCAGUGUUAUUUAUUGGGGCAGUAAUUGCCUGGUCUUAUUACGCUUACGUUGUCCAGCUUUGCAUAUUUUCUAUUGAGAAUGUGUUUGAGAAGACAAUAUUUCUUAUAUUUUAUCAUGUAAUUUUUUUUCUAUUUGUUUGGUCUUAUUGGAAUACGAUUUUCACGCCAGCGGGAAAAGUUCCUUCAAACUGGCGCAUACCAGAAACCGAAUUAGAACGAAUAUUCCAUGCAGAGAAUCAAGAGCAACAACGACGAAUAUUGGAAAGUUGUGCUAAGUCCUUGCCAGUAUCAAAUCGUACACUCAGUGGCUUGGUGCGUUUCUGUGAGAAAUGUAGAAUAAUAAAACCGGAUCGCGCACAUCAUUGCAGCGUUUGUGGUGCAUGCGUUCUCAAGAUGGAUCACCAUUGUCCAUGGGUCAAUAAUUGCGUUAAUUUUACGAAUUAUAAAUUUUUUAUACUCUUCUUGGGUUACGCUCUGCUCUAUUGUUUGUAUGUAGCGUUAACUUCAUUGGAAAAUUUUAUAAAGUUUUGGCGGGGUGAACUUAAUGGCGGUAUGGGACGUUUUCAUAUAUUAUUCCUAUUUUUUGUGGCUGUAAUGUUUGCAAUAAGUCUAGUGAGUCUAUUCGGAUAUCACGUAUAUUUAGUUUUAAUGAAUCGCACUACUUUGGAGGCAUUCCGUGCACCAAUAUUUCGCAUUGGUGGACCAGAUAAAAAUGGUUUUAAUUUAGGUAAAUAUGCAAAUUUCCAAGAAGUUUUUGGUGAUAAUUGGAAACUGUGGUUCUUACCAGUUUAUACCAGUUUGGGUGAUGGUCUACAAUGUACAACGCGCACUCAACAGCAAAAUUAUCAUUCAAUGGGAGAUACACAAACCAGCUUUGGAGAUGGUAUUAGCUAUCCUAUAAGACAUUUGGAAGAGGAUACAGAAUCAUUACUGGGACAUCACAGCGAUACUCGCAUUGAAAUGGAAGAGGAUGUAUUUCCUGAAACUCGUUUCCUGGAUUCGAGUGUUCCAUAGUUAAUAAUUUCCGACGAUAACGUUGCAACAUAUUAUAUAUAAUAAAUAUUUCGAGAUAUAUACUCGUAUAGCAACGUUUCGAAGUCAGUUAGUUGGAAUGAUAAGUGAACAAAAAGAAUCAAGUUUCUUAAAUACUAAGUGUCGAUUUAUGUAAAUGUUUUGUAUAUAGACAAAAGAAAAAAAAAAGAAUAUAGUAUUAAUAGUAACUCACCCACAUAUACACAUACGCUUACACAUUCCAGUAAAGGGUAAAGUAACCGAUCUAUUUUAUUAUAAAUUAAUUUUUUCUAUUUAAUAUAAUCUAUAUAUGUAAGGUCAUCGAUUAGUUUUGAUUGGUUUUCGAAUGCUAAGUAUUUACCAUCUGAUCCCAUAUUUAUUAAAUCUACUUGAAAUCAACGCUUAAAAAUAACCAAAAAAAAAAAAUUGACUGAUUGACAACGCCCACUUAAGUUAAGUUUGAGAUAUAUAUGAAAUCAAUAUUAGGGUACCUCUUAAAUAUCUAAGCCUAUGUUUUUUUUAUAGAAAAAUUAUUGAAGAACAAAAAUUAUUUGAAACUUUAUACUAUUGAAUACAA